UCCAAUGUGAGCGUCAAAUGUGUGCCAGGAGAACAUUUUCCACGCAGUCACACUGUCGCCAGCUUGUAUGCUUGGCACCGGUCAGGAUGGCUCCAUGGACACAGGUUGCUUGCGCCAACUUAAAAUAAAAGGAACCUGAUAUAUAUCUAAUCAAGCUUUUUACUAUCUUCAGAGGUCUGGUUUUUAGGUCUCUAGAAAGUUAUUGUGUUUUGUGAACAAGCGGGCCAUGUGAUAUGGACUUCUAUUGCACAGCCUGUUCUAUGGCGUUCUGCACAACGGCAAAAAACGUGGAUAUAAUUUGACAAGUUGUGGGUCUUCUGUUCUGUUUUCAUCCACAGGAUUAUCAAUCGCUGCUAUGGCGAUAAUUUCCACCCUCGCUGUGGUUCUCUCUCUGCUUAUCUGCAUCGGAGGCUCAUCCCCCACAGAAUCUCAUCCCCCUCCCAAAGGGUGUGGCUCAGGUGUCCAUCCAUCUUACCGGCUCCUGUGUGACCUCGAGUCUGUGUGGGGGGUUAUUUUAGAGGCCGUGGCAUGUGGUGGUGCCAUUUCAGCUCUCGUACUUUUUGCUAUUCUGCUAUCAAAGCUGAAAAUGGUAACUGAGCCAGAGCGGCGCAGCGGUGUCGGACCUCUCCUGCUGCUGCUGCUGAGUACAGUUGGCCUGUUCUGCCUGUCUCUGGCUUUCAUGGUGGGACAUGGCGAGACGGUGUGCGUGUUGCGCCGCGGGCUGUGGAGCUCACUUUUCGCUUUGUGUUUUUCGUGCCUGUUGGUGCAGGCAGUGCGGCUACGGAAGCUUGCAACAGGGAAACGCAGCCCAUCAGGCGGCUCACUCUCGGCGCUAGCAUUCGGUCUUGCACUCGUCCAGGGAGUCAUCAGUGGAGAGUGGCUGUUACUGACGGUGGCGCGUGAGGGCCGCAGCGCCUGCGAUUACCCACCGCUGGACUUUGCACUAAUCUGCGGCUACGCAUUAGGACUGCUGCUCACAUCGACAACAGUCUCGCUUGGAGUCCUUUUGUGUGGCGCAAGGCACGUAGAUGACGCAGCCAGGAAGAAGAGACGCAGAUGGAGUUGCAAUGGGGUCUGGCUUUUCCUCUCCUGCCUCGUCUCCCUCCUCGUUUGGGCUGCAUGGCUCGGGUUUUACCUCUACGGUAAAGCUCCUGGAAAAAACACCACGACCAGCGAAACAGACGGCGAAGAGCCCGCUCUGGCCAUAGCCUUAGUGAUGGAGGGGUGGGCACUGCUGCUUUUCCAUGCCAUCCCAGAAGCCCACCUGUGUCUGCGAAUGACCAAUCAGAGGGGCGACGAAGGGAGCCAGGAUUACUAUGACGCACGGCAACCACAGUCUUCACAUGGUUACCGUGAUGACGAUGAGCUGCCAGCCAAUCACAGAGGAGCAUACACAGACAGACAGACAUUUUCCAUAGAGGAGCACAGCGCAGGCAUGCAGGGCGGAGGUUACCACCCUUCGGUAAUACGACCCACACCUCAAUUCCGAAGCCACGUGUACCAGCCCACUGAGAUGGCCCUGCUCAUGAACGGAGGAACGAUUCCCACGGCUCCCCCGAACUACACAGGAAGGCAUCUGUGGUGAAUGGCGUAAGCCCCCGGAUGAGACCUGCUCUGUGUGAUGCCACAGGGACGGAGUGGAGAGGCUAAACUGAUAGUUUUACUUAAGCUGUGCUUUCAUAUGAUAUUGUAAUAACGUAAUAAUCUCUCAAAGUUAACCUGAAGCUGAGCGAUGGUUCCCGUGUGGACUGCGCAGUCGUGUUGCACUCAUGGUGACAAAUACAGCUGCUUUCACACCAGGCAUUUUUUUUCCCUCACUAAUGCAAUUUACGUGAUAUACCACUAUUAGUGUACAUCCCAACACUUGCACCAGUAGUACUAGUAAGAGCAAAGUAACCAGUAUGGUUCUAUCAAUAAGAUUUUUUUUUUCAACAUUUAGUUCUACAAAGAUGAAGCAUCUUGUGUGAGAUGUGGUCAUAAAAAAAUGAUGGUGGGAAUUAAAAAGGUAUUAAGUUAUGAUUAUUGAGCUCUUUUAGCUGUUACAAUACUGUGCAAAAGUCUUGUGCAUAAGACUUCAAUUAUUGCUUUAAUUUUAAAAUUUUAAUAUUUAUUCUUCUACCACAAAAUUAAAAGUUGAAGAAAAAAAAUAUUUGUAGCCAGAAAUGAAAGCAGAAUAUUAUGUAAGCAACUACUUUCCAGACAAAAAAAAACUAAAUGUAAGUUGUCGGAUUCUGGAUGCAAAAAAGAAGCAGGUGCGACAAAACUUUAAGACUAAAGGGUCCUUAAAAAAGCAUUGCCAAAUACUGACUUUGUUUUCUUAAUUUCUUAUUUCCUAUUACUGUUUACUGGGAUUUAAUGUUUUUGUUUUUUUAAGAAUUUUUUUUUCUACAGCAUUUCUUCCCAUAUGUCUAAGAUCUAAGACUUUUGCACAGUACUGUAUAUAACUAGCCAGGUGAAUUAAACGAGUUUAAUCCGAAUACACAUGAAUAGAAGCUCUGCCUCUAAUAAACAUCCAAAAUAAAUGUGAUUUUUUAUUUCUGAAACUUUCCAAACUUGCGCAUGUCCAUUAAAAAAAAAAAAAUUGUGGAAAAAAGAAAUGUGUGGAAUACAGAAGAAUAUAUGGAAUACAUACAGAAAUACAGCAAUAAGAUAAAAUAAGAUAAAAUAAAAAUGGACGGAGUUCUCUCGUCCAUCUACCUCCGCUAGCUUUUCGACGCAAUCCUAGUGGACUCGGUGUAAAUCGAGAAAAACUAACAUGAAACAAAUGCGGCAGCGUGGAUUAAAUACGGAUUUACAGACAUGAAGCAUAUCAAGGAGGAGAAAAAUUUAUUCUGAUCGUAAAUUUAUUCUGAGGGAGUCUGUGAACAGAUUGCUAGCUAUUAGUGAUUCAUCAGAAACCUGGUGGAUUCUCAUAGUUAAUGUGAAUUACUAGGUACUCGCUAGCUAUUAGUGGAUCAGAGAACCCAGUUAAUAUCCCAGGAGAAGUCAUUUAUUAAGAAAACAGAGGGUUACGUCAUAUUUGCGUGGUUUUUUUGGAUCAUUAAUAUUCUAUAUUGUUCUCACUUUAAGAGUUUGAUCUUAAGUAGGACAAGAAUAUUAAUGUGGAAAUAUUAUCCACGAAGAGUACUGCAUAAAAGUCUUUUAUAUACACACAUUUUAUCUUGGAGGUCAGUUUUAAAAAAAAAUAGGCACUUUUAGAUGUACAAAUGUUUUUGCCCCAAAAUAAUGUAAUAAUAAAUAAAUAAAUAAAUAAAUAAAUAAGGGGAUUUGUGUCUCAGUAAAAAAAGUGAUGUUACAUAAGUAGAACUCUUUUCAGUAAAAAAAAAAAAAGCAAUCUGCAAAGACCGAAGUGAAAAUGGCAGUCACACGUUAGACCUGAGACUGUUCUGCUUAUUAUUAUCUUAUAAUAAAAGGCAUUUUUAUUAUAUUUCUUUUGAUAGUCGCACAGCGCUGCAAGUGUAAAAUACUCACAAUCAUCUUCAUCUAAUAGAUUUUAUUAAUAACAAUAAUAACAACAACAACAAUAAUAACAACAAUAAUAAUAAUAAUAAUUUCUAAGCACCUUAAGGAAAAUUUUACCAUUUAGGUUAGCAUUAUAAAUGCGAUGAAAUCAUUGUUUUUUGUAUAUGUUGUUUAUCCUUCUGUUAUCCUUGUUCUGUUUUUCGGCUAUUAGUAACCUGUCCUCUUUAUGUAAAUUGCUAUGUGUGUGGGACAUCUGGGUGGGAUGCAGGACUGAAGCAGUGUGUUGUUUAACACGGCAAAUCCUGUAAUCAUUAGCAGUGGGUCAGAGAUGAGACGGAAAGCAUGACACAGGGAGAAUUAAAAAGCAGAACAGGAAAAACACGGAAAUUAAUCAUUACAAAUGGGACUAGAAUUUCUUGUAAAGGAAAUAUAGAGACUGGUGAUGGAAAACGCCAACUUUUCUUUUUACAAUUAAGAUUCUAUUAUUUGCCACAUGUACCUUACAGAACAGUGUUUUAUUGUUUGGCAUUUCCCAGUUAGUAAGCUGUGGUCAGAGUGCAGGGUCAGCCAGGAUACGGCGCCCCCUGGAGCAGACAUUGUUACAGCCUUGCUCAAGGGUUCAGUAAUGUCCUUCGGAUCAGUAACUCAGAGCCUUAACUGUUUGAGCCCCCAGAACAACUUACGCAUCUAACAUCCUAGCAGAGGAUGGUUUGGAUCCAUCUACCUCUGGGUUAUGGGCCCAGCACGCUCUCACUGAGCCACUCUGCUAACCACACCCACCCCAGAUAGGACUCAAACCCACAAUCCCUGGCUUAGGAGGCCAGUGCCUUAUCCAUUAGGCCACCGGGGCUUAAACAAAAGGCUGUGCCUACCGAAUUUUAUGCUUUUACUGUCAUUGUUGGUUUCGUACAAUAGGCUCAUUGUUCAGAUUGUCCAGCACCAGUGACGCCACCAUAUUUACAUCAUGCCUAGACUCUUCACAAAAUGCAUACUGUUCCCAGAGCUGUGACUUCUCCAUAAACACGCCACUCACUAGAAAGGUAUCUUUUGUCACGUGGCUAAGCCGAUUGAUUCGGUUAAUUAAUUAAUUAUUUAAUUAGUUGAAUGGCAGCACUGUGACCCUGUUUUCGAGCGAGACCUCAGUUUGCUGUCCCUGUGUCCGGAGUUCCACAUGUUCUUUAUGUGUCAUUGUGGGAUAAAGCGCUUACCUGACAUCAGGGUGUGACUGUGAAAAAAAAAAACGCUGAGUGUGAAAGCAGCUCGUAUCCUCGACGUAAUGGUACUGUAUUAAUAUAAACUAGCCAGUUUUGCCUGUUCUGUUUAAUACAAAGCACUAUUUGGGAUACGUUUACCAAUAACACAUCAGUCAAUAUAGUGUUACUGAUAUAAACUAUCAUUUUUAUGGAGAGACAGAAGGUAUUUCUUUUUUUUAUAUUUUCUAACAGCUCAUUUGAUUAAUUGCUAAACUUGUAAAGAAAUCUGCUUAGUUACUAACGAAGGGAUGAAGACAAUCAGACAAACAUUUCUUGGUUUAACCACAACUUCACUUCGCCAUUCUGUUUUUUUGUUUGUUCGUUUGCUUGUUUUUUUUUUUUUUUUGCCUUUUCAUCUUAACACAGACUAUUGUAAAAGUAAAAACUUUUGUAAAACUAAAAGGCCGUAGUUUUGAUAAGAAAGGCUGAUGCGAGAGUCUUUGUGUUGAUUUUCUUUCGUUUUGCUAUUCAGGGAUGUGUUUCUGUGCACUUUACGACAUGAUGCUGUACUAAUGCAUAUUCUCAUUCAUUUCCAACCUUGGUGUUGAAUAGUUCUCUCUCUCUCUCUCUCUCUCUCUCUCUCUCUCUCUCUCUCUUCUCUUCAAAGUGAAUUUUCUAACUUGUUAAAAAAUUGUUUGGAAAAGCGGUUUUGUAACUAUUUUGUGAGCAGUGUGUUGCGAUUUAGGCUUAUUUUAUAGUAAGAGUAACUGAAUAUGAGUAGCACUUUAAAUAGAUGAAGGAUUGUAACGUUGUCCGUGCUUUCGUUAACACUUUUGUUUAAUGCCGGUGUUAGUGGUGUAAUUUUUUGCACGCUUUGGUAUAAAAGCUUCUUAUGAAUUGUCCUGGACCAUGGAGCGUGUUGAAUUAGUCUGCCAAGGGAUAACAAGAUCAUCCCCACUUUCACCUCUUCCUCGUCUCCUUCCCCUUCUCACAUCACAGUACAGUACUCCCAUUGGGUUGAUACAUGGUGCAGACUUGGAUGAUCCGCUUGGACUUUGGACGGUUCCAUUUCAUAUCACGAUGGGGGUGGAGAGUGCGGCGGUCUGGAUUUUGCGAGGCGGACUGAAAUAAUCGUUGCACAUGUUUAUGUUCAUACAGUACAGUCGUGCUAAUUACAUUGUGCAGUUUAUUUGAUUUCUGUGUCUCCUCUUUGACAAUAAAGCUAACCAUGGCACACAAA